AUGUCGACGGAGAAACCCAGCGCGCUGCGGUCGAUAAUAGCGGGUGCCACGGCCGGCGCCAUCGAGAUCGCCAUCACCUACCCGGCCGAGUUCGCCAAGACGCGCACGCAGCUCAACCGCAAGCUAGGCGACGGCCAGAAGCUGCCGUGGCCGCCCUUCGGCCGGCAGUGGUACGCCGGCUGCACGACCCUGAUCAUCGGCAACUCGGCCAAGGCGGCCAUCCGCUUUGUCUCGUUCGAGCAGUACAAGCGGCUGCUGGCCGACGAGACGGGGAAGGUGUCGGGGCCGCGCAACGUGCUGGCCGGCUUCGGCGCGGGCGUGACCGAGUCGCUGCUCGCGGUGACGCCGACGGAGUCGAUCAAGACGACGCUGAUCGACGACCGCAAGUCGGCGAGGCCGCGGCUGCGCGGGUUCCUGCACGCGGUGCCGAUCAUCGCGCGCGAGCGCGGCGUGCGCGGCUUCUUCCAGGGCCUCGUGCCGACGGCGGCGCGCCAGUCGGCCAACAGCGCGGUGCGCUUCGGGUCCUACACGAGCCUCAAGCAGCUCGCCGAGUCGUACACGGCGCCGGGCGAGAAGCUCGGCUUGGUCGCGACGUUCGGCAUCGGCAGCGUCGCCGGCGCCAUCACCGUCGCCGUCACCCAGCCGCUCGACACCGUCAAGACCCGCAUGCAGAGCAUCGACGCCCGCCGCGUCUACGGCAACAGCCUGCGCUGCGCCGCUCUCAUCUUCCGCCACGAGGGCGUCCUCACCUUCUGGAGCGGCGCCCUCCCCCGCCUCGCCCGCCUCGUCAUGAGCGGCGGCAUCGUCUUCUCCAUGUACGAGAAGAGCAUCGAGCUCAUGCGCACCCUCGACCCCGACAACAAGUACAUAUAA